AUGAGAAAAUACGGUCUCUCAGUGGAUAAUGUUGUUGAUGCAAAUAUAGUUGAUGUUGAAGGUAGAUUGCUUGACAGAAAAUCUAUGGGUGAAGAUCUCUUUUGGGCCAUCACAGGUGGUGGGGGAGCUAGCUUUGGUGUAGUACUUGCCUAUAAAAUAAAGCUAGUUCGUGUUCCUGAAACAGUCAGUGUUUUCAGAGUUCGGAGAACCUUGGAGCAAAAUGCCACUGAUAUAGUUUAUAACUGGCAGCAUGUUGCACCAACUAUCGACAACAACCUUUUUCUUAGACUUACCUUGAAUGUUGUAAACAGUACACAAAAUGGAACAAAGACUAUAAGAGCAACAUUCGUAGCUUUAUUUCUUGGUGACUCCAGCAGCCUUGUUUCUCUCUUGAAUGAGAAGUUCCCUCAAUUGGGUUUGAAGCAAUCUGACUGCAUCGAAACAAGUUGGCUUCGUUCGGUGUUGUUUUGGACAAACAUUAACAUUUCAACACCUGUUGAGAUUUUGCUUGAUAGACAACCACGAUCACCUGUAAACUACUUGAAAAGAAAAUCUGACUAUGUGCAGAAAGCAAUUUCUAAAGAGUGUUUUGAAGGGAUUUGGAAGAAGAUGAUUGAGUUGGAGAAUGUAGCAUUUCAAUUCAAUCCUUAUGGUGGAAAAAUGGCUGAAAUUCCAUCAACAGCAACUCCUUUCCCUCAUCGAGCAGGUAACCUAUGGAAGGUUCAAUACCAAACAAAUUGGAAUGAAGCAGGGAAAGAGGUAACAGAUCAUUUCAUAAACUUGACAAGAAUACUUCACAAGUACAUGACUCCUUUUGUUUCAAAAAAUCCAAGAGGGGCUUUCUUCAAUUAUAGGGACAUUGAUUUAGGAAUUAACCACAAUGGUGAGAACAACUAUGUAGAAGGAAAAGUUUAUGGAGUAAAGUAUUUCAAGGAUAACUUCCAGAGGUUGGUUCAAAUAAAGACAAAGAUUGAUCCUCAUAACUUCUUUAGGAACGAACAGAGCAUCCCUGUACUACCAAAUCCUAUGGAAAAAUAA